AUGAAUGCAGCAGAUCUGAAAUAUUUAUCGAAGUCUGCAGUAUCAGUGGAAGAAGCCAGUAACCAAAAAGGUCGACCAGCAAAUGUACGUUACUCUUUUCAAAAGCAACAUCCACAAGCAGCAACACAUCUUUUAAUGAAAUACAGUGACAGUCAUGUACCUGUACUUUAUCGUCCACAAAUUCCUCGACGUGAUCGUGAAGAUACUCGAGAACGAUAUAGUCGAGCUCUUCUCUCACUUUUCGUACCUUGGCGCACUAUGACCGAUCUUUGUGACAUUAAUCAAACGUGGGAAGAAGCUUUUAAAUUUCGACAAAGUCGUAUUUCUACUCAUUCAUGGAAGAUUAUAGAAAAUAUUCAACUUUUACAUGAAUGUAAAAAAGAUCGAGAUGAACAUUUACUUAAAGUUAUUGCUGAAGCUCAGACUGAUAAUGAUCCAAUUGAUCCUGUUCUCUUGCCUACAAAUCAACAUGCUGAUGAGGAAUAUGAUAUGGAUGAUACCGAGGAUUUCAUGGAAUUACUUGGCAAUUUAGAUGAAUACACAGCGGCAGCGAUUAAUGUUACCAAAAAGUCUACAGAAUAUCAGUAUAUUGAAGAAAUUAUUAAAGCGGUCGAAAAUGUUGGCCGAUUUAGUCAUAUAAAUACUUAUCCUUAUUCAUCUUCAAAUCAAUCUCUUGAUUAUGUUAAUCAACAACUUGUACCAUUUAUUUCUGCAACACCAAAUCUUAUUCGAUUAAACACAAAAUGGCAAGAACAACUGAAAACUGAAAAAGAACGAGUCAGACAGAGUUUAAUCACAGGCAACUACGUCAAUACAGACGAUACAUUAGAUUUACAUGCUGCAAAGAAUGCCGUUGUGGCAGUAGUGAAUUUGAAUAAUUAUAAUAAUAACAAUGUUGAAAAUUAUGCCUCGAUUCUUCCAGUGGUUUCUGUCACCACUAAUUUUCCAACUCAAAAAAGUAUUGCUGAUGAAUAUACAUUGAAUAGAGAACAACGAGCUGCAUUCAUGAUAAUAACAAGUCAUCUUGCUGGUGAUAAUCGAUGUCGUACAGGUGACAAUAACGGACAACUUAUAAUGUGUAUACCUGGCUGUGGUGGCACAGGCAAAUCACAACUUAUUCGUGCUCUCAGCAAAUACUUUCUUGUUAUGAAGAGAAUGCAAAUGAUGCGAAAACUUGCACCCACUGGUAUUGCUGCUGCCGAAAUAGGUGGUAUGACUAUUCAUUCAUUUUUGGGUGAACAACGCAAUUCUGGCAAACCACGAACCAUCAAACCAGGUGAUUCAAAACUUGAAAGAGAAUGGAGGCUCGUCGAAUAUUUAUUAAUCGAUGAAAUGAGUAUGGUUGGCUUAACUUUACUAGCAAAACUCAAUCGAAUUAUUUGUGCUGCAAAACAUGCUGAUCCUCAAGUUCCAUUCGGUGGUGUGAACGUUAUAUUCUUUGGGGACUAUUUACAAUAUAGACCUGUAUAUGAUGCACCACUACACACCGAUUUUUCAAUGCCAUCGAAAAAAGCUGUUAGCGCAAUCCCUUGCGGGAUUAAAAAUGUGAAACACGAUGUACCUAUUGUUACUAAUUAA